UUAAUGGAAUAUACACAUACACUUUUCAAUGUAAGACAAGAAACCACUGGUAAGGGUGGGAAAAAAACACCUACUCCCCAUUAACUAGGACAGCAGGAAAGCCCUUAUAAAAGGACCAGCAGCAAAUGCACACAGACACCUUCAGCUCGACAGAGCCCAGCACAAGCAUCAGCUGCAGCAAGAAAAGGAAGAUGCCUCAGAUCCCUUGUUCUCCUCUGUUCAGACCAUUGCUGUUAGUGUUGCUGGCCAUGUUGUCAGCCAGCAUUUCUGCCCAUGGGAAGGUGAUAUGGCCGGGACUUGAACCAGAGAGCCUAUUCAAGAAAGCAGAUGCUGGAUGCCCAACCCAAAAAGAUGGAAAAUUCCCUCAGACUGUGAGAGUCAACAUAAGCAUCAGCAACAUGAACCAGGAUACCAAAGUGGCUCCUGAUAUCAGCAAACGUUCACUGGCUCCAUGGGAUUACAGGAUCGAUGAGGACCAAAACCGCUUCCCCCGUCUGGUUGCUGAUGCCCAGUGCCGCCAGUGUGUGAACUCAGCAGGGCAGCUGGACCACAGCGUCAACACCGUGGCCAUUAAACAGGAGAUCCUCGUCCUCCGCCGCGAGCCCAGGGGCUGCAACCACUCAUACCGCCUGGAGAAGAAAAUGAUCACUGUGGGCUGCACGUGUGUCACCCCACUGAUCCAGCACCAGGCCUAAGGGGAGCCCACAGCAUGAGAAUGGGGAGCUGCAGGAGAACAGCCUUGCCUGACAGCAAUGAGAAUCCACAGAGCUGAACCAGGCCACGAUCAUAGCGAUAAUCUCAGUUUUGUGCUUGUUUUGUCUUUAAAUCCUUUUCCCCUUUAAAACUCUGGAUUCAGAAUACAGCCCCCUUCCACGUGCUCCGUGAGAAGUCAAACGUCUUGACUCGACACUUUGAAGAGCCUAUUUAUUUAAUUCUAUUUAUGCCGAUGAACAAGUUUGUAAUUAUCUAUGUUUAUUUAUCUCUAUGCAAUAAUAAUAAUAAAAAUCAAACAGCAAA